CUUUGCCUCGUGCUAUAAAAGAAAACGACGUGUCUCGUCGUGACGUUAUCGACGUACUUUUCGACUCGUAGACGACCUUUAUCGUCCUCUGUGUGAAUUUUUCAGUUACACCCCGACGUUGUUAGUGACAACAUUUAUCGACAAUUUGUUUAUCAAAGCGAUAAAGUUUUCAAAAUGGCCACCCAUUUCAACUACCCCGAUCCCGCCCUCCAGGACGAACUCCGUAAAAUCGCAAAUGCGAUCGUGGCCCCCGGAAAGGGGAUCCUCGCCGCUGAUGAAUCUGUGGGUACGAUGGGAAAGCGUUUAGCCGACAUUGGCUUGGAAAAUACUGAAGAAAAUCGAAGGAAAUACCGCCAAUUGCUUUUCACAACCGAUAAAACAAUCGGUGAUUACAUUUCCGGUGUAAUCCUCUUCCAUGAGACUCUCUACCAAAAAGCCGACGAUGGUACCCCAUUCCCCGAACUACUGAAACAAAGAGGGAUUAUUCCCGGGAUUAAAGUGGACACAGGAGUAGUCCCAUUGUUCGGCUCCCAGGACGAGUGCACAACUCAAGGAUUAGACGAUUUGGGCAAACGUUGUGCCCAAUACAAGAAAGAUGGCUGCCAUUUUGCAAAAUGGCGGUGCGUCCUCAAGAUCAAGGACCACACUCCUAGCUAUCAAGCGUGUCUUGAAAACGCCAAUGUCCUUGCGAGAUAUGCCUCGAUUUGUCAGGAGAACCGCAUUGUCCCCAUUGUGGAGCCCGAGAUCCUCCCCGACGGCACCCACGACCUCGAACGCUGCCAAAAAGUCACCGAGACGGUCCUGGCGUUCGUCUACAAGGCCCUCAACGACCACAACGUCUUCCUCGAGGGGACCCUCCUCAAACCGAACAUGGUCACAGGGGGGCAGAGUCACCCUGUUAAGUUUUCACCCGAGCAAAUCGGGAAGGCUACCGUGACGGCGCUUUCGCGUACUGUGCCCCCAGCCGUCCCCGGAAUCGUCUUCUUGUCAGGGGGGCAGACCGAGGAGGAGGCUACUGUUAAUCUCGACGCGAUUAAUAAAUUCCAGGGGAAGAAACCGUGGGUUUUGAGCUUCAGUUAUGGGAGGGCGCUCCAAGCGUCCGUUUUGAGGGCUUGGGGAGGAAAAGAUGCCAACGUACCAGCUGGCCAAAACGAGUUGAUGAAGAGGGCAAAGGCGAAUAGUGAGGCGUCUUUGGGGAAAUAUGUAGCGGGGAGUGUGCAAGGACAAGCCGCCGAUCAAGGGUUGUUUGUUAAGAAUCAUGCCUAUUAAGGGGUCUCGUUUUAUUACAUACAUUUAUAUAGAAAUAAAAAUGGAGUUGUUAUUAGAUAUUGUUGUCGAUUUAUAAUGUCAUUUUUUAUUUAUAUCGUGGUUGUAGAUUUUAAAGAACUGAAAUCAUCGCCAUCUUCUGAUUUUAGCAUCAUGUAGAGGUUUAUUAUUUUAUGGAAAUGUACCACAUCGGUGGAUAUUUUAUGUAAUAUUGUGUACAGUAAAAAUUUAUAGUAA